GGGUGGGGGGUGGGAACCAUGCAGGGGAAGUGUUUGCAUUUCGGGGACUAGACGCACCUCUGCUAACCGUCCGAAGCCGCCGAGGAAGGAGCCCAUUGCGGCGGAGGGAAAGACGCAGUUUGGGCGCAGACGCCGUGAAGGUGAGACAGCCAAAAUGAUGCGUAGGAGGUGCAGCGUUGAGCCGUAUUGAUGGAUGUGUUAACAGACAACAGUCUCACAUUGAUCGUAAAAUCUUCAGAACCAGAGAAUGCAAAUGCAGUGGAGAAUGCAGGGUUAUGCGAGCAGAAUGGUGAUCUGAGUCUGUGUGGGCUCAUUGAUGCUGCUCCACCUCCAUCCUCACCUGCAGAGACAUCACAUCAGGCCUGUCCAACACAUAAGAGGACAGCACCUGCAUCACCAUCCUUUCCCCUGCCCCUUGCAACUCACCCCUCUCCAGGCCUCUUGGUGACCCCCUGCCCUCCCUCCCAUGAGUCCACAGUUAUAGUUCCCCAACUGCGCCAUACUCCAACAUCAAUUCCUCCCCCAGCUGUAAACUCCUGGGAUCCAACGGUAGACACCCAGAAGACAUCCCUUCCGCUGCCUACUACUGCACUUCCUUUGUCUGCUACAAUGAUGGAGCCUGGCACUGUGUCCACUCUUACAGAGGAGUGUCUUCUUCAACCUAGCCGCACCUGCCUUGGCUGCUUCAUUGAAACCCGUGAUGCUACUGACCCUAACACCAUCCAAAACCCACCCCAUGAUCUUAAUGCCAACCCUGACUCAGAAACGGGGCUGAGUGUAAGGAUAGGGGAUGUGGGGCGUGAAGACUUCUCUGACAUCAACAACUUCAGCAUCCAGUGCCUGAGCCAUGAAGGAGAGGCGGUGAGUCACUAUGGAGAACAGCUUCUCUCUGACCAGCUACUUAGUUUUCCUCUUCCAAAAGCCCCCAGUGAGGGCAAGAGGGUGGAUGGGACCAAACCAGCAGAUGACAGUGAUGACCCUGAGGAUGAUGCAACAGCGAAAAACUUAUAUGAGGGACUGUUACUGGACAAAGUAAGUGGAGAGGAGGUGCUGUUGGCUAAUGCCAGCCAGGACUGGGGGUACUUUGAGUCCUUCAUAAGCGAAAGUAAGAUGGAAUUGCUGGACCUUUGUUCUAAGAAUGAACUGUCAGUCAACCUCUUUUCUGAGGAAGAUGUUGACAACCUGUUUGAUGACGAAGAUGAUGACUCUACUUUGAGCAGUGAUGUAUGUUCACUAAAAAUUCGUUACGAAUCUUUCCAGGACAACAUGCGGGAAAAAACCAAUGUGCUCCAGGAGGAGACGCAGUUCAGUUUCUUCCCGAGUGUCCUGGCCAGUUGUGCAAAGAAAGAGGAAGGAGUGACAGGUUUAAGGAGGACUGCUGAAGAGCUUCAGUCCAAAACUGAUGAGCUCAUACUGGACACAGGACAGGAAGGAAAGGCUGGAGACUGCAGUGGCAGGAGUCCCAUGGAUGGCUCCCAAGGCUCACCCAUGUCCACCCCAAAGGUAAACUACCUAAUGGACUUCAAUUCCACAGAGGAGUCAGGAGAGUUCAGUGAUGACAGCUCAUGUACUGGCUCCUCCUCAGAUACCCUACAGGAGGGUAAGUUUAAGAAAGGCCACUCAAAGAGAUUCCUCAGUCCCUCCAACCCUCUGAACUAUGGCUUGCGCUCCAAGAGGAAGGUUCGCUACAGUGAUGAUUACUUAUAUGAUGUUGACUCACUUGAAAGUGAGAAAAAUGCAGAGAAAAAAGAAAAAGCUCCCUUGGGUCAGAAGGAGGAGGAGGAUGUAGACUGGUGUCCCAAAAAGCGUAGGAAAUCUUGCCGUAAAGAGCCACCAGUGGUCAUUAAAUACAUAAUCAUCAACCGGUUUAAAGGCGAGAGACUUAUGUCAGUGAAACUGGGUAAGUUGGACCCCAUAGAAGAUCCUGUGAGUUUAAAUGCUGACACAGUAAGCAAAUAUGAGACAUUGGCUCCUCUGAAGGCUUUCUGGCAGGAGAGGCAACGAGAGAGACAGGAACAGCUUAAGCUGGCUGCCAGAGAUAAACAACAACGUGGUUUUCAUCUAAACGGACGCCAUCAUCGCCCGUUUAAUUCUAGUCAUCCCAAAAGGAAAUACAAAAUUGCGAACAGGCUUAAGGUUCAGAGGAUUCAUGCUGUGGAGCAAUCAGUAACAGCACAGGGCUCCCCUCUCUCUGAUCAGGGCCAGGGAGGUGUCACUAUAGAGGAAGCCACCCCCAUGGUAGGGGGAAUAAUAGCAGCCCCAAGCCUCCUAGUUACAUUAGACACAAACUCCAUCAUGCACACAGUCACAGCCAAGAGUCGCUCCCAGGAGAGGGAGGAGAGGGAGGGGAGGAGAUUGGGAGGAAAUAAAACAGUCAGGAUAAGGAAAUUCAAAAGCGAAGCCAGGCUGAGGAGCAAGAAAAUGAAAGAGGCAGAAGGAGAGGAGGGGAGGAGCGUAAAAAAUGAAACGGAUGCCUGUGUCGCUGCAGCACAGAUUGAGGAUCCGACUGCUGAGUUGGAAGAGGCAGGCAUUAGCUCAACUACAGUCAAACCCCAUUUCCCUGACAAUGCCACCACAGCUCACACACCCGAGGAGAAAUUCCCCUUUGUUUCGUCCACCUGCUCCCUUGAUAAAGCUCCCUCCUCAGAGGAGGUGCAAGCAGGCGUCCCUGUCAUCCCGGGGGGCUACCUGCAAACCCUGUUAGAUGCUACAGACUCCUCCAGUGGGGCACCAAUCUCUUAUUUUCCCCAACAACCCUCUAGACAGCAGUAUCCUCUGGGGCUGUCCCUGGAGGAGAAACAGUUUUCAUCCCUGCAGCUCGCACAGAGCUGCGUCCUCUCUCCUCCCUCGGAGUCCGAGCUCCAACAGUCUCCCCAGAACUGCCCCAGCUUCCCCCAGAUGUGGCAUUCUCAGCUCUGCACAAAUCACAGCCAGAGCUUUGGGCCAGAGACCCCGGAGACUCCCAUUUUACCAAACAACUUUCCAGCUGCUGUGCCCCUGAAUGACAGUCUGCCAGUGUCUAACUACAGCCAGCUGAGUCCCGAAGCUGACAGGUUGCUUUAUGACAAGAGCUACCUGAGUGAGGCUGGGCUGCAGCCUGGGGCAGAUCUGCAAGUGUGUCAGUCUGCCUGUGUGGAGGGCCAGGUGCAAUACCAGAGAGGGUCCCUGUGCACAGACAAUGGCAGGCUCAUCAGCUAUGACUCAGUGGGCUCUCUGUCAGCUUCCUCCAGCAAUUACAGCUCCCUCAGCCUCAAGUCUUGUGAGCGAGAAGGUGAGGAGGAGGGCCGAGACAGCUUCUUAGCUCACUGCAGUCCUAAAGUGGUGAUUCAGCAGAGUGUGGAUGCCCUCACUCCACUCAGGGAGUCUUCAGACCUGCUGGAUAUCUCCAACUUUACCCCUGACAAGUUUAGACACUCAUCACUGUCAGAGCUGUCCCCUCCUGAGACCCCCAACCUGUCCCCCCAGGUGGUGGGGCGUGAGAUGAAGAUGGCAGGUAAUGUUGUAGAGUAUCAGGAUGUGAAUGACAUGACUCUGGACUGCAAUAGAGAGGCAAAGUGGAACUGUGACGUUAUACAGCAACAGGAGCACACAGCAAAUGCAUACACAGUGAAAGAAGGCCAGUUUCCACUGCACAACUUCAACAGUCAGGAUGUCUUAAGUUUAGAUAAAAAGGAGCUGGGUGUGACUGAGUUUGAACAGACUGGUGAGAUGUUGGGUGGUGGGAAAAACAUAAAGUCAAAGAGGAAAGGCAGUUACAAGCAGACACCUGCAGGUCAGAGCCCAAAGAAAGUCCGAGCCCCCAGAGCUCCCAAGUCAGAAAAGGUCAAGACCCCCAAACAGAACUCACGUUCCACCAAAAAGGCAAAAGCCACGCUUGAGGGUAAGGUGGCAAAGAACCAAGCAGGUGGUUGCGGCACAAGCUUGACAGACAGUAACAGUACAGGGGACUUUUCUGGCACUGGUUGGUCAGAGAGUAACAAUCUGGUAGGGGAUGAUCAGCGAGAAUUUGAGGAGCCUUCCAACAUUCUGUCCAACAUCGUCUCUGGCAUGGCUGAAGUUCAGAGGUUCAUGAUGGCCUCUAUUGAGCCACUGUGGAAUCCCAUGUCUGAGGCCUGCAUGCCCUCUGAGGCCAAUAGCCUCAACCUAAAGACCCUGAAAAUUUUGGCAGGCACCGAGGCUGACCUGAAGAAAAAAGGAGCAAUGCUAACAGGGGCUGGGAGAGGUCGAAAGGCAGGGGGAAAGGGAGGGAAAAACCAGGCCAAAUUCAGCCCCUCUCAUCCCUUGUUCCCUCAGUUAGCUCUGGGCUGUAACAUGUUUGAUAAACCUAAUUUUAUUAACCCCGGGCCUGCACACAAAAAGCUGUACCGCCACAAGACCAGUGCAAAGUUCCCUCGGAUUGAGACACUGAAGGGGAAACGAGCUGAGAGGGACCCAAAUAAGGACAUAGCACUGAUGACCUCUUUUGAGAAACUGAGGUAAUAUUUUGUUAUCGGCUGCUGUUGCACCCCCUUUCACUUUCUCCCACUCCACUACCUGCUCAGCCCUCCCUCCCAAGCAUACCUACACUGAUGCUAUGCCAGAGCUGCAUGAGUACUACGUUCCCCCUGACUACUCCCGAUUUCUUUUAACCCCCCUGAAGAGGAAAUUAAUAUCUGCAUGACAAACUUCUUGUACUUUGCAAACUACCUAUUGAGUGAUUGUGUCAAGCUUGAUUGAGAUUUGAAACGACCAUGGCUGCAUUUUUUUUUCUUGCUUUUGUUGUUUCUGCUUUGUUUGUUCUUCUUAUAGUUGUUUUGGUUUUAGUUUUGUCUGAAAAAAAAAUUAAGUCUUGAAAACAGUUCUGCCGCCUUUUUUUUUUUUUUUUUUUGAGGAACUUUUUUUUUUUUGUAUUUUCUCAGCAAACCUCCACUGAAUUAUGUAUUUGUUCCCCUUUUCCCUAAAGAUGUAGCUGUAUACACAAAUGCAUUGAGUGACAUCUACGCACCCCUCCUCCUCAUUUGUUUUUGUAUGCAGAAUAUGGAUGUCCUGUUGUUGCUGUCCUUCAUACACUGCCUGGCUCAUUUCAAGAGGGAAACCUACAAUUAAUGAGCCGUAUUUAAGCCCAGGACAUCUUGAAAAGACAAGAUCGGGACCAUUUUGUAUUGAUGACAUAUCAGACGUCUUUUUUUCUCCACUCCUUCAAAGAUGAAAUGACUUCCCAUUUCCUUUUUUUCAAGCAUUUCUCUCUUUUUCCCCCCUUGAGUUUUGAAGUGCUGUAUCUAAAAUUACAUUUUUACGCCUUGCAAGUUCAUAAAAGCUCCACCCUCAGAGUAUUUUUGUCAAUGUUGUUGUACAGGGACAUGCAAUAUUUGCAAAAAAGAAAAAAAAAAGAAAAAAGAUAAUAUAAUCUUAACAUCAAUGUGCCAAAAGUAACAAUGCUGUGUAAAUGACCUCUAAUAUAUGUGUGAAUAUUGGCUGUUCCUCUUUUCUAUCCAUUUGGGAUAUUGGCUGCGCGGGUUGGAGACUCUUUACAGAGACUUGCCACUCCAGGAAUUCUUUAUUUGGGACUUUUCUCUUGUCUCUGUUGAAAGGCACCAACAGCUGGCAGUGGUACACCACCACUCACUAAACCAAAUCAGUAAGACUCUGAAUUUUCCUCGUUUUCCCCACUUUGUUUGCCAAAUUCAAUUUACCUCAACAUCGUCUGGAGCUGAGACGCAACAAAAGAGAGGCAAAGGGGAGCUCUGCUCUGAAGGCUGCAGCAGAGGAAGAAGAUAAAAAAAAAAGAUGUUCAAAUGAGCUUUCUCUGGACCAUGGAGAGUGUAGUACAGAUGUUCGAGGGUAAGCAAGGAAAUUCUUUCAGUUGGGGCUGUGCCUCACUGAAUAGCUGUUUUAUACUGGAAAUUCAAGGCAGUUUAUGACUCACAGAAAAGCUGACGCAUGCGUCUCUUGUGAAUGAACUACAUUUUUGCAGGUAGAUUUAAUGUGAAUGUGAAAGCAGUUUUCAUUACAGAUGAAAUCAGUAAUCUUGUAAAUGAUGGAAAGCAUGUCUUUGCAUAAGCUUCACAUACAUAGGAAUCUCACUCCUAUCUUACCUGAAAUGAUGAUUUAUAACAGUCAUUUUGACAUGAACAUUGUCUUCUUUUUUGUAAGUUGCACCACAUGUAUUUGGUUAUUAAUUCAUUUCUUUUCUUUUUCCUCAUAAUGCCUAAAUUCGGCUUCUUUCUUUUGGAGAUACCUUCUUUUACACGCAGUCAUCUGAAUUUGGGUGGUUCCAUAUUUUGGCAGAAAAUUGUUACCACAAAUGUGAAAAACAAAGAUAGAUCUGAUGCUGUGUUUCUCAGCUCAGUUAUAAUAACUGAGCUUAAUCACUGCCUCGCUGCAACAAAACCAAGAUCCACAAAUUCAUCUAAAAUUUGGACAUGCUUUCACCUUUUAUUAUUACAGGUGCCUGCAAUGGAGAAAAGUCAUUUGAUACACAGUAUGUAGAAAAUAAAAUUCAGGAUAAACACGCAUGAUUCUUCAGUGAGAAUGUGUUUUAUAAAAGUAUUCACAUAAAAUGCUGCUUUGAACGUGAAACAUAUUUUUGUUUUUUUAAGCGUUGCAGUAAUUAAGUACGCCACACGGCGCGGUGCAGACAAAUUAAAGUUUGAUUUCAAAACAGGCUGUGUCAGAGUGGAUGCCGUCAUCCUGACACACAGGUGAUCAUAAUUGAUUGCUUGCAUAUGGCAGGAAUCACAAUCAAUCUUUCUCUGUUUCUUUAUCUUUUUUUUUCCUCCUCUCUACCAUAAAUCCUUUAAUUUUCUCCAGUAUCAGGGUUAGGACCAAGACAAGCUGCUGAUGGGAAGCUCCACAUGGGCCCUUGGCCCAUUAUUCUGCCUUCUCUCAUUUCUGCCUAUUGUCAAAUUGAAUGUACUUCUCUCAGAUUAUAAUUUUUCUUUUCUCUUUUGUUUGGAAAAUGUGCCACUGUUGAGCUGCCUCACGUUAAAGGUGCUAAGAAAGUUGACAUUGUUUUGUUUUUUUUCUUCUUCUUUAUAAUCUUUUUCUGAUUUUGUUUUCCCAGAGUUAACAAAAAAGAAAAAAGAAAUGCAAACUAGAUUAGGUACCUAACCCUCUUAUGAAUGUAUAUUAUAAUGUUAUGUUCGAUGUAUUCUUCACUUCAUGAUUCUUUGACAUUGAUUGGAAUUACUUUUGCUCUUUUCAUUAAAAGAUUACCGAGCUUUAUAUAUACUGUCUAGAGUUGUUACCAGAAGGAAUCUUAAAGAACUCUUGACACUACAAAAUCUUGUAUAUUUUUUGUGUGCCAAUUUGUAACAUAUUUUGUAAGUGUAUAUUUUUCUUAGAAAGUGCUGUGAAGUAUUUGUGUGUGUGUGUGAGUAACCUUUUAUGCGCCUCUCUGGGCAGUGGAAAGGAUUAUACGAUGACAAGUUUCUGGUUUUAAAAACCAAAAUAAGAACGUAUCAACAGAAGACUAGAAAUAUUUACAUUUCGUUGGGAGUUUUGUAAUAAGACCAUGAUCUUGUUGUGAGAGUGUUGUGUUACUGUGCAAAACACAAAUAAGCAAAGAGAAAAAAAACUAAAUGAAAACUUGGAAAAAAAAAUAUAAUUUGUGAACAAUUUGCUGUUUUAUAGAUUUUCAUGUAAAUUAUUUGAGUAUUAUUUUGUUUUUUGUUUUGUUGUAACUGUUGCAAAGGUUUUAAAUAUUUGUGAUCAAGCCUGUAUGGUGAUAAUGUAAUAUUGGUAACUUGCUGAGUUUUGUAAUAAUGUUUAUGGAGUAAAUAUACAAAUUAAAAUAAGAUUUUGAAUGCUG